AUGACCAAGAUGUUUGUGACUGAGCUAGAGUGUGUGAGUAGUCAAGCUAAUGCAGUCCACGCACAUAAAACAGAAUUAAACCAGACAAUACAGGAGUUAGAGUCUAUGCUGAAGAAAAAAGAGGAGGAAAUAGAAAGAUUAAAACAAGAACUCGACAGUGCCAGAAAGCUCCAGGCACAGAGAGAUUCUUUGACCCAGAAGUUACAGGAAGUAGAAAUUCAAAACAAAGGUCUGGAAGACCAGCUGUCUGAUCUAGAGCAACGCCUGGAGAAAAGUCAGAAUGAGCAAGAAGCUUUUCGCAGUAACUUGAAGACACUUUUAGAAAUUCUUGAUGGGAAAAUAUUUGAACUAACAGAGUUACGAGAUAACUUGGCCAAGCUAACAGAACACAGCUAA